AUGUCAAACCAGCGGGCCGCCGCCGCAUCGACAACUCUUACAUCAUCGGCCGAGCUGCCUCCCACUUCAGCACCCUUUACAGCAAGUACGUAUGCGAACACGACAACAAUAGAGCAACUCCCAACAUCGCACCCACAGAGCUCCCCAAUCAUUGCCGUCCAAUCCGACCCUUCUGACGUCAAACCGCCAGGCCCGGGCGAUGGUGCCUUGACACCAGUCUCCAUUGACGAUUCACACUUGACUCCUCCUCAGGGCUCGCCACAUCGCUUUCGAGACGGGCUUCUCCCACCACCGCCCCCUUCAACCGCUCCAGAUGGUCGAGUGCCUCCGUCUCACCCAACUUCGUUAGCCACUGCCCUCCGCGCUGUGAAAGAUGGAGGGACUGGUCGCGAGGCCGACUCGCCCUACGCCAAGAGUGUCUCUUCCACGGCACCCGCUUCGCCACGAAUCCCUCCCUUGCGACAGAACUCUGGCUCGCAGACCCCUCGCGUCCGCCCUCAUGCAACUACACUGAGCAUUCCGGGCAUGACCCGCUCUCUGAUCUCUCCAGAUGGCAAGAUCGCAGAUCGCGAUGUAGCCUCCAAGUUGGUGAUCAUCAUGGUUGGCCUUCCAGCCCGUGGGAAGUCUUAUAUCACCAAGAAGAUCAAAAGGUAUCUUGCCUGGCAACAGCACGAGGUCGAAAUCUUCAAUGUCGGCAAUCGACGGAGGGGCGACGCCAAUGCCAACAAAAAGGACGUCAGCAGCGAGGCUCACCACACAGCACACGAAGCAGCCACCAUACUUCUUAAUGGCGGCCAGCAACCCGUUUCAGAACGGCCAUCAGGAGCACCGCACCGCCUGAGUGCUGCAGAAGGAAGACAUGCCAUGCGCAGGGCGAGCACCAUGGAUCAGACAGCACAGUUCUUCGAUCCAACCAACGCAGAGGCAUCGCAAUUACGUGAGCAAAUUGCCAUCACCACUCUGAAUGAACUCCUGGACUUCCUGCUCUGCCGUGGUGGUUCUGUUGGCAUCCUCGAUGCGACAAACAGCACAAUCCAUCGGAGACAGUUACUUUUCGAUACAAUCAAGGCUCGCGAGCCGAAGCUCGGCAUUCUGUUUGUAGAGAGCGUCUGCCAGAACCCCGACCUUCUGGAGGCCAACAUGCGCCUCAAGCUCUCCGGCCCCGAUUACAAGGACAAAGAUCCCGUGCAGUCAUUGGCCGACUUCAAAGAUCGUGUCAAAGCAUACGAGAGCGCCUAUGAGCCCUUGGGCGACUAUGAGGAGGACCACGCGAUGCAGUACAUCAAGAUGAUCGACGUCGGCAAGAAGCUCACCCAUUUCGGUCUGGAGGGUUUUCUGAGCAACGGCAUUUCUAAUUAUCUAUCCUCGUUCAAUCUCUCCCCACGACAAAUAUGGCUCACGCGCCACGGCCAAUCCAUGGACAACCACGCUGGCAAGAUUGGCGGUAACGCUGAGUUAACGGAGCGUGGCCACUUGUACAGCCUUAAUCUCUACAAUUUCAUCACACAGAAACGAAAAGAGUGGCUGGUCGAGCAGAAGAACAAGGCCGCAGCCUCUUCAUUCCCACCAAUUCCUGGGGACAAGUCACCACCAUACCCCGAACUCAACCGGGAGCUUGAUGAGAAGAACACGUGUGUCUGGACAUCGAUGUUGACGCGCAGCAUCCAGACUGCGCAGUACUUUGAGGCAGACGACGACUAUGACGUGAAGAACUGGGAGAUGCUGAACGAGCUGAAUGCCGGUAAAUUCGAAGGCAUGACUUACGAUGGGAUCGCACGGGACCACAGGACCGAAUACGAGAAACGACAACGGGACAAGCUUCACUACGUCUAUCCCGGUGUUGGUGGGGAAGGAUAUCUCCAGGUCAUUAGCCGGCUGCGCGACAUGGUUCGCGAGAUUGAGCGCAUCAAGGAUCAUGUUCUGAUCAUCGGUCACCGGUCGGUCUGUCGGGUCCUGCUCGCAUAUUUCAUGGACCUGACCCGGGACGACAUUGCGGAUCUCGAUAUGCCGCUCGGCAUGGUGUACUGCAUCGAGCCGAAGCCAUAUGGCAUUGAGUUUCAUGCGUACAAAUACAACGAAACCGCCUCGACCUUUGACGAGCUGCCAAACUACAAGCCGCAGAGGACUGUGGAUCGACACGCCUGA